GCAGUCUUCGUGACAUAACCAAAAAAGUCUUCUAAAACCUCUCCGAGACACAUCCUCAUAAACCCCUCCCACAUUCUCGCGUCGGACGAAGAUGAUGAUGAUCGGCCGCAACGGUGGCAAGCUGGCCGCGGCGGGGCAGCGCCUCUUCACCACAGCUGCCCUGCGCGGCGUUUCGAGCGGGGCUGCUCCGCUCAAGACGCCGUGGCUGUUGGCUGGUCCUGCUCGCACGGUGACGGUUUCAUGGGUUAGGGCUCCUCCGAUCGGACUGAGGAAUGGGAGCACGCUUGCUCUCGGCGACAGGGCUGAGCAGCCGCACAGAUGUGAUGAGAAGGCGGCUAGCGGAGCUGGAUCGGCUGGAGCAGGCGGUGAAGAGAAAGGGAUCGUGAGCUAUUGGGGCGUAUCUCCCGCCAAGGUCGCCAAAGAAGAUGGAACCGAAUGGAAGUGGCACUGUUUCAGGCCAUGGGAGACGUACGAAGCGGACCUGUCGAUAGAUCUGAAGAAACACCAUGCCCCCUUGACCUUCUUGGACAGGCUGGCAUUUUGGACUGUCAAAGCCAUGAGAUACCCAACCGAUAUUUUCUUUCAGAGAAGAUAUGGUUGCCGAGCAAUGAUGCUCGAGACAGUGGCUGCGGUGCCUGGGAUGGUAGGUGGAAUGCUGCUGCACUGCAAAUCCCUGCGCAGGUUUGAGCACAGCGGAGGAUGGAUCAAGGCCCUGCUUGAGGAGGCCGAGAACGAGCGCAUGCACCUCAUGACCUUUAUGGAGGUCUCCAAUCCCCGGUGGUAUGAGCGGGCCCUUGUGUUUGCAGUGCAGGGCGUCUUCUUCAAUGCCUACUUCCUUGGGUACAUGGUCUCUCCCAAGUUUGCGCACCGUGUGGUCGGGUACCUGGAGGAGGAGGCUAUCCACUCUUAUACCGAGUUCCUCAAGGAGCUGGACAAUGGCAACAUUGAGAACGUCCCUGCCCCUGCAAUUGCUAUUGAUUACUGGCGCCUGCCCCCGGGUUCCACCCUUAGGGAUGUCGUAAUGGUGGUGAGGGCCGAUGAGGCCCACCACCGUGACGUGAACCACUUUGCAUCGGACAUACGCUGUCAGGGUCGUGAGCUGAAGGAAGCUCCUGCUCCUAUCGGGUAUCACUGACAGAAGAGACCCCUUCGACACUAGGGAGUCGUCAUUUUGUCUAGGGAAACAUCUGAAUGUGUUCAAUUGAGAAACAUCUAUACCUUUCUAAGUAACGAGUAACUCCCAUUGAUGAUUACUAUGUUUUCCGAUAUCAUUUUUAAUAACUACUAUCUGUGGUAACUGGAAA